AUGUUGUCUAGACGCUUCUUCUCAGACGAUGAAACCUUCAGCUACGAAGCCCUGCGAGCAGCAGGCUACAGCAACUAUGGCGGAGCAGACCUGGGCGAAGUCUUCAACAUUUGUGCACGGAUAAAGGCAGGCGAUGAACAAGGCUGGCUACGCGAGUGGAAAGGUGCUGCCGAGAGAGCAGAGCAGAAUGCCCAGAUUUCGGAAUCAAGCGGAAACAAGCAAAGUGCUUUUAUUGGAUACCUUCGAGCUUCCAACUAUUUUCGAACCGCUGAAUUCUUCCGACGCACCGACCCUUUCGAAGACAAAGAAUCUUCCGACCUGUUCAAUAAGUCACGUGACACGUUUUUAAAAGCGAUGCGUCUGAGUCCCUACGAGUGCCGGGAGGUCCAGAUACCAUACCAGGACACAACCUUGCCAGCCUACUUGAUGCUUCCACAAGGCAACCAGGCCAAGCUGAAAACCAUUGUGUUUAAUGGGGGGUACGAUUCCACAAAGGAAGAGUCGUGGUUUGCCAUCGCGGCCCCAGCACUUGAGAGAGGCUUCGCUGUCGUUGCCUUCGAUGGGCCUGGUCAAGGCUCAGCUCUCCGGGAACAACGUUUGACUUUCCGUCCGGACUGGGAGACAGUGCUUACUCCUGUCCUUGAUUUCGUUGUGAGGCGGCCCGAGGUGGACAAUGAACGCGUCGUUGUCUUUGGAUGGAGCAUGGGUGGCUACCUCGUAGCCAGGGGCGCAACGUCCGAACAUCGUGCAGCUGCCCUUAUUCUUGAUGAUGGGGUAUAUGACUUCGGCCUUGCCUUCAGAAAAGGCCUGCCGAGUUUCAUGCAGCGUCUUAUAGACUGGGGUUACGAUGGCAUAUUCGACGUCUUGGUGCAGAAAGCAAUGCCUUGGUCGUCUGGUCUUCGAUGGGGGGUGCUGAACGGACUGUGGACUUUUGGGUUGAAGUCUCCAGCAGACUUCCUUAGGGCAACAAAGAAUUACACACUUGAGGGCCGUUGCGACAAGAUCAGAACACCAUCUCUUAUCCUUGAUGCAUCUGAGGACCACUUCCUCCGAGGACAGCCGAGAUAUUUUGCAGAUCAUCUCACAAGCGAAAAUGAAUUGGUUACACUCGGCAAGCUUGAUGGUGGCGAGACCCAUUGCCAUCAGGGUGCAUUUGGUCGGGUUCAUCAAGUGAUAUUUGAUUAUUUGGCCAAGAGACUCAGUAGCUGA